AUUCCCUUGAGCCAUUGAAUCUAAUUCCUCUCCUCUAACAUCUAAGCACCAUUUUUCCUUUCCCCUUUUCUCUCUCUCUUUCUCUAUUUUCUCUCUCUCUCUCUCUCUCUCUACCCUUCCCUCCAUUAGAGAGUGGAAACACCAUUCAUAUUAGGUCAUGGAUACAAGAGAUACAAGAGACACAACCCCUCUUUCUUAAUUUCUCCUUAAAACCUAGUUGUGAAGGGUUUGACUUUUGUUGUCCCUUGAAUUCAGAAACACACAAACCACAUCAAAUCUCCUGUUGCUAAUAACCCAUAGCUCCCAAGUUGCCAAAUUGCUUUAAAUUUGCUUAACCUUGUUCUUGCUUUGUCAUCACAAAACAUUCUAGGUUAAGAAAACAGUGUGUGUCUGAAAAACCUUGUUCAGAUCGAUCUUCUUGUUUCUUUUCUUCUUCUUCUUCUUCUUCGAACACACUCUCAACAGCAAUUCUGGCUAAUCCGUGGUGGAACAGUCAUCAGGUGGGGUUGGGUGCAGGGGUAGACCCUGCGACCAAUUCGCCAUCUUCAACCUUAAACAAACGUCACAUGGACCUUUCCAUCAACGAGAGAAGCUUCGGCAGAGAAAGAGAAGAGGAAGAGGAAGAAGAUAGAGACAACGGCGAUGAACCCAAAGAGGGUGCAGUGGAGGUUGGAACCCGCAGGCCCAGAGGGAGACCACCGGGCUCCAAGAACAAGCCCAAACCACCCAUCUUUGUCACCAGGGACAGCCCGAACUCCCUCAGAAGCCAUGUCAUGGAGGUUGCCGGUGGCGCCGACGUCGCCGAAAGCGUCGCCCAGUUCGCUCGCCGCCGCCAGCGCGGGGUGUGUGUCCUCAGUGGGAGCGGUUCGGUCGCCAACGUCACUCUCCGGCAACCGGCAGCGCCGGGAGCGGUCGUGGCACUGCAUGGAAGGUUUGAGAUUCUAUCCCUGACCGGAGCGUUUCUGCCUGGCCCUGCUCCGCCAGGUGCCACCGGACUCACUGUGUAUCUGGCCGGAGGACAGGGCCAGGUUGUAGGAGGGAGCGUUGUUGGUCCUCUCGUGGCGGCUGGACCAGUGAUGAUCAUAGCAGCCACUUUUGCUAAUGCUACAUAUGAGAGGUUGCCGCUUGAAGAGGAGGAGGAAGACGGUGGCGGUGGCAGUGUCCAGGGCGGAAGUACUCUGGGAGGGUCUCCUCCUGGAAUUGGUAGCAGUGGCGGUGGUGGCGGCGGCGACGGUGUGAGUGGUGGGAGCCACUUGCCCGGUGGGAUUCCCGAUCCUUCUUCUUUGCCUUUGUAUAACCUGCCACCAAAUCUUCUAUCCAAUGGAGGAGGCCAAGUGGGGCAUGAGGCUUUCGCUUGGGCACAUGGCCAUGGAAGACCACCUUUCUGAGUUCACAACUUUAAUGUUGUUGUCCUCACAUGAUGCUGGAUAUGGGUGGUUCGAGAUCUAAUGGAACUGUGACGAUGAUGGUGUUGUGUUCUAGUUUGAGAGGUUAGGAAUUGAGGAAAAGAAUUUCAAAGAUUUAGAAAAGUGGAGUAGUAGUUGUGAAGAACGUUGGAGAUGAAGAACGAAGACUGUUUUACUUAGCUCAGUGUAUAUGUAUAUUGGAGUAAGAACUUUGAUUUCUGUGUUUCUUCUUUCCCUUUCGCUUUAUGUGUUUGGAAUAAUGAUGAUGGAUAAAUUUCUGAAUAGUUUAAUCGACUACAUUUUAAUUCAUCAUCUCUGUGUUAUGGUUCUUUUUA